UUCUGCAACUGCGCCCGUACUAACUUAUACUAGCGCGAUCGUGUGAGUUUGUGUGCAGUGCAGUCAGCAGCGGGUGUGUUGUGUACUCGCUCGGUCGACGUGCCUCGUCGUACGCUCUGCCACAGCAGUCACGUUCGCGAUUCGCAGCAGUUCGUCUGCACGCGAAAUAUUCCAUUGGCGCCGAGGCUGCUGCGCUGCAAAAGUCACAACACGCAUAGGCAGUGAUAUCGGGGGCUGUGAUCCGCACGCCUUUAUCCCCGGCUCCCUCCCGCACCCUUCUCUGCCUCGUCCGUCGCGCACCUACCUACCUACCCGUAAACCGACGACGUCCCGACCAAGCGGCGCGCAUCCGCUUCUCCAAUCGUGCAACUUUGCUCUUUUUUCCAGCCCGAUGCAGAAGUAGUAUAGCGCGUGUCCUUCGCGACAUCGUAUAUGUAUACACGAUCUACGUGACGUCGUCAGUUCGACUACACACAGUUCCUUGUUCGUGGUCGCGAUUGUCGCGCAGAAUUUUUGGAUGUGUCGAUACUUGGACUGCGGCAGCGGGCGGCCAAUAACACCAUCGCAUCUGCCAGACAUGGACCUCGCGCACAGCUCGCCCGCGCGACCAAGUGCAGCAAUAUGAUAAGCGCAGCGCGCGACGUCGCCCGAGACAACGAGCAGCAUGUGCUACGACUACCACCGCGAGCAGCGACCAGUCAAAAAUGCAAGUUCGAGGCCGUGACGGAUCAUCGGAAAGGCGAGAUACAAUCGCGCUUGCGAUUAUAGCCUCGGCUCCAGCAAGGACGUGCCACUUGCGAAUAAUCUAAUAAUUUACAGCGGACCACGCAUCUCGCCCCAAAAAACUCUCCUUCUUCCUAUCACCUAUCGCUCUGUUACGUUCACGGAUUUUGAAAUACUUCGCAGACUCCGAGUGAUACGUAAUGCAGAUAUGCGGAAAAAUUUGACUUGCUAAAACACGCAGUCGUCCGUCCGCACUUCGACAGAUCGGCGACCUACUGUGCAGAUAAUUCAGUCACCUUUGCCGCAUCGCUCAAUAAGUUUAUUUACUUUUAUAGGUGAAAAAAUUUCAGUGUGAAAGAAUUAUAUUGAUGUAAUGUAUAAUAAAAAGAUAUGCCAUCAGAAGUAGAUACCAAAGAUAUGGUGUCUAAGCAGGGUGAGGAUUCUGCUGAAGAGCCACAAGCAGAAACUGGAUUCACAACAUUGGAAAACAGUAUUCAAGGUGUAAACAGUGACUGUUCGCAAGACACAGAAAAUGAAAAUUCAACAAAUACUACCUCAAAUGUCAAUGGCUCUUACAGCAGCACAGGAGAGGCCAGAAAUUUGGAAAAUUCUAUACUGUCGUUGAGUCAAGAGACUGUCAUCAUGGAAAACGGAUCAAAUAUAAGGGAAGAUACAACUUCAAGAGUUGAAGAUGAAGGAAAUGAUCUGGAAAAUAAUUCCAUAUGUGAAAAUGAAUCACAGAAUAGCAGUGGUGCCCACGCUUCUGCUAAUGAUUUAGAUACAUCAGGUGCUGCGGCUCUUAAUUCCAGCAGAGAUAACACUACUCAAACUUCUAGCAGAAAAAGUGAAACAACAAAGAAGAAUUUUAAUAGAAGUCUUGAUAAUAGUUUUAACAACUCUAUUAGUUCUCAAUCUUCUGCUGCAAAACAAAGUGUUGGCUCUUUUAAUGACAGUAAUAAUUCUAGCAUGAGAAGCAAUGAUUCAAUUAAUAAUUCAGCAAAUCUUUCAUUGCCAAAUUAUGCGUCUGACAUGAGUACUUCAUCCGAGGCCUCCUCUGUUUAUGAGAAUGAUGUUGUCAUGAUCAAUCAAAAUCAAUCGGUGAAAUUGCCAAGUUUAUCUAAUCUUUAUCUCGCUGUUGCUGAAAGAAGUGAAACCAUAAAUCGUGAAAACGCCGAAGAAUCGGGGUCAUCGGAGGCGACAGAUCAAACCGCAGCCGCUAAUAAUGAUGUUAAAAAUUCUGUACCCAAAGCUCAACCGAGCUCGCAACCGCGAGAGGGAGAUCAAGCUUUUCGUCAGGGAGAAUAUUAUCAUUUAUGGCGGAGUACGGGAGGUGAAAUCGAAGAUCCGCCGAGCGAUUCGCGUUAUCCACGACCGCCACCAUUACCUCCGAGAUAUUUACACAAACCUAUACACAGGACUAAUGUGCCAACGCAAUCACCCACAGCUCGGAGACAAUCACCAAGAUUACCGGUGCCAGCGCGUCCCGAAGACUGCUUCGGUUUUGAAAUCGUCGAUGUCGAUGAACCAUCCAAUGUGAAGUGCUUUUGUCACUUCCAGAGUUCGGCGACUCAGCCGCGUAAAGCCGUGACGAAAAGUAUCGCGUUGCUGAGUACACCGCGACGUCAGCGCACUGGACAAGCUGCAUCGUCGGAGGAGGCGACAGCAGGGGCUUCGUCGGUCACCCCGAGCACCAGUGGAAUCAGCUCUAGCAGCGGUCAAGCCGCGGCCGCUUCGGCGUCUUCGGCAGCGGCGACCGGUGAGUGCCCGCCUACACCGACGCACAAACCGAGGAGACCCAUCCCGACGAGUUCGAGUUCGAGCAGUGGCAGUAGCAGCAAUACAGACGGUGCUUCGGCCGUUGCUCCUACCAUGCAGCAUCCCAAACCUUGGGAGGCAAGAGUCGACAAUCAUGGACGUAUAUUUUACAUCGAUCACAUUAAUCGCACAACCGCAUGGGAAUGUCCAGAUGCGCAAGUCCGAACAUCUAUCGGUUGCGAUUAUCGGCGCCAACAACUCGACCGACGAUACCAGAGCGUACAUCGAACCAUCUCGCGCCCAGACAACAUCGACCGAGACUCCGAGCAGGAAUCGUACACGUCGUCUAUGCAGCAGCAACAAACCUUACCCCAUCCAGGACGGGAUUCGCAGCAUCAUCCGUCGCACGAUCCACACAGUAUAACUUCAAAUCCAGCUGUGCGUUUUUUGAUGCGGCCAGAUCUCUUUUCUGUACUACACACUAAUCCAGAAGCCCUUGAGCUCUAUAAUCGGACUACUAGCAUAAAGUAUAUGAUAAGUAAAGUUAGAAGAGAGCCAAGGAUUUUUCCUAGAUAUGAGCACAAUCGUGAUUUGGUCGCUUUCCUCAAUUUGUUCGCGGAUACAUCGAAAGACUUGCCGACGGGUUACGAAACCAAGCUCGACUCCAGUGGAAAGUCCUUCUUCAUAAGUCAUGCCCGUAAAGCAACGUCAUUUAUAGAUCCUCGAUUACCAACCGAGGCGGCGUAUCCCAGAAAUUUGGCGGACGAUGCUCCGAUUCCUCCUCCUAGGCCGCAAACAUCGUCAAUUGUGCCGGCUCCCGACAUUCCAGUUGCCUAUAACGACAAAGUCGUUGCUUUCCUGCGUCAGCCAAAUAUCAUGGAUAUAUUAAAGGAGAGACAUCCUCCUCUCGGGCAAAAUGUGGCGUUGAGGGAAAAGGUUAAUUCAAUACGGAGCGAGGGUGGGGCUGCUCUACAGAGAUUAGGACAUGACGUCCCGCUCGCUUUACUACUGAGUUUAUUCGAGCAAGAAAUAAUGUCGUACAUACCUGGGAGCAUUUCUCGAUCUCCAAUAAAUAGUCCUCAUGCAUCGCCUUUGUCUAGAGCUUCUGGGAGAGCUCCUGCUCCGUACAGACGAGAUUUCGAAGCCAAGCUGCGAACGUUCUACCGCAAACUCGAAAGCAAGGGCUACGGUCAAGGCCCUGGAAAAUUGAAAUUGCACAUCCGUCGUGAACACUUACUCGAAGAUGCCUUCACUCACAUAAUGGCUGUUUCUAAGAAAGAUUUGCAGAAAGGCAAACUAGUCGUCAUAUUCGACCGGGAAGAAGGACUCGAUUACGGUGGUCCAUCGCGCGAGUUCUUCUUCCACCUUUCCCGCGAACUUUUUAAUCCUUACUAUGGUCUGUUCGAAUAUUCAGCCAACGAUACCUACACCGUCCAGAUUUCGCCCAUGUCCACGUAUGUGGACAACUUCCAGGACUGGUUCAAAUUUGCUGGGCGGGUGCUUGGUUUAGCUCUUGUUCACCAAUAUUUACUCGAUGUAUUUUUCACGCGCCCAUUUUAUAAAGCUUUACUCAGAAUUCCCGCAAGCUUAAGUGAUUUGGAGAGCCUGGACCAAGAGUUUCAUCAAAGUCUGGUGUGGAUCAAAGAAAGGGAUAUUAGUGCAGAACCAUUGGAACUGACAUUUUCAGUGACUGAAGAAUUAACAGGCAAUAAAUCAGAACGUGAGCUCAAGCCUGGUGGUCGCAACGUCGCUGUUACGGAAAAAAACAAAAAGGAGUAUCUUGAUCGCAUACUGCGAUGGCGCUUGGAACGAGGUGUUGCCGAGCAAACUGAAUCACUCAUUAGAGGUUUUUAUGAAGUGGUCGAUUCGCGAUUAGUGUCAGUGUUCGAUGGGCGUGAACUGGAGCUUGUUAUUGCUGGCGCUGCAGAAAUCGAUCUCAACGAUUGGCGAGCUCAUACAGAAUAUCGCAGUGGUUACCACGAUGCACAUCCUGUUAUCGAAUGGUUUUGGUCAAGCAUAACGAAAUUUACUAACGAGCAGCGGUUGAGGCUUUUACAGUUUGUCACAGGAACUUCAAGCGUACCUUACGAAGGUUUUGCCGCAUUGAGAGGUUCUACGGGUCCCAGAAAGUUUUGCAUUGAAAAAUGGGGCCGACCAAAUAGUUUGCCGAGAGCCCAUACAUGUUUCAAUCGGUUGGAUUUGCCGCCGUACCAAACGCCAGAAAUCCUUUUUGAAAAAUUACUUUUGGCCGUCGAGGAAACAAAUACCUUUGGUAUAGAAUAAGUUGCUAUCGAUUUACAGAUUAGAAUAAUUUAAAAAUCGAGUUUAAAAAAUUCCUAGAUAGGCAAAAAUGAAAUUUUUCGAGUUGACUGGGUAAAAUUAUGUAACAUUGACAUUUACAUAAUUUUUCCCUCAAUUUUUAACAAACUCGAGUAAUUUUUAUUAAAUCAUGAAAACUGAUAGUUGUGAGAUACAUUAAACGAUCAAAUAAGUAUCAGUUGUUGCAAUUUUGUAAAAAAAAAAACUUUUUGAAUAGUUAUGAAUUCUGACUUGCCUUGUUAAUGUUGUAAAAAUUUUGACACUGCCUUUAUUUGCUUGAAGUUACCUACUUGCUUACAUUAGCGAGAAGUUAAACUUGUUGUAAAAAUGUAAUAAUCCAUGGCAAUGGUUUUAAUUGAUUUUCAUUGAAUUAAUGAUAAUUAAAUUUCAUAUGAA